UCACAUUCGUGCUCACGGUGGCCGAUGUAGCCAAGCCAGAUCGUUCACCUUAACAGGCGAGGACGUCGGCUUCACUUCGCUUGAGAACCCAUCGAUCGUGCGAAGGCUGGGAAACUUUUUCCUUUUGGAGCACGCCGUCAACGCUCUUCCGUCUCUUUCCUAAGCAGCUUGGAUCGAUCCUUAGUGCAGCAGCAACGUGAAGCACAACUCUUCAAGACGUCAAUCAUGCCUCAAGAAUUCCUGCAUGUGUCACCGACUUAUGUGUUCGUCGGCGCGUAUCGCCUCUUGCACGACCCGCAGCUCUGGAAGCCAAUGUGGGCCAAAUGCUCCAAGGCAGCGAAGCGCGCUAGCUUGAUCGCCGGUGCUUGGGCGUUCUUCACGUGGCCUAUCCAGAAAUGGUUCGUCAGCUUUUUCAUGAGCACCAGUGCCAGCGUCACCGGAAUGAAAGGGAUUUACAAUACAUUGACUCGCACGGCCGACAGAGUGGACGAUCCGCUGGGCUUCACGCUCCCACUUCCGUCUCUCACCACUUUCGCUGCCAUGGUGUUCGUCGCAUCACAAUGCCAGACCAUAAUCGAGUUCUUCCUUCGCCGGCAGCUUGCCGAGUACCGAAACAAGGCAUACGAUGUGACGGUUGCCAGCAGAGGAAAAACUGCAGAUUGGUGGAUUCCAUACCAAGAAGAGUGGGAGGAGCCUCCGUAUGAAAAAGCGCAGAAGAAUUCCAAGAAAGCACCACUUUAUCGGCGUUUGGCGAGUCCGAUCAUCACGCGCGUCAUGCUUAGAGUCGUACUUCUUCCUCUCGAUUUCAUUCCAUUCCUGUCUCUUGCCGUGGGCGCCUACUUACGCUCGUUUUCUUACGGCCGCCAGCUGCUGACACCCUUCUUCGCGGCGAAGCGUAUGACGCCAAUGCAAGUGGACCUCUUCAUGACUGAGCGCCAGUUCAGCCUGCGCGCUUUCGGCUUCGCGUGCGCUACGGCGGAGCGCAUGCCGCUGAUCGGGAUUGCGCUGAGCAUCUCCAACCGCGUCGGCGCGGCGAUGCUCGCGCACGAUCUCGAGAAGCGACAGCACGCGUUUGCAAGCGGUGAGCUGAAGAAGUUGACGAAGGAGGAGACAUACAAUCUGGGCGAGAUCAGGGGGUGGAAAGACUUGGCCCGGCCGAGCAGUCCGAGUAGCAGUCAGAGGAACAAGCUGCCUUUUGCGCCGCAAGGUGAAAACGAUUUCGUCAUGCCUGGUGCGACAGUCUCGCCGCAGGCAGCAGCAGCUGAGCAGGCCAGGCGCAGGCAGGUCGCUUCCCGCAGUUCCCUUGCUGGCGCCGCAGUAGUGCCGCCUCCGCUGCCCAGCCGCCCGGCCGCCGCCGCACUGUACGACGAUGUCCCUCCUGCUUACACCGAGCAGGAUGCACGCCAGGCAGUAGGAGGGCAACCUUGAACUCGUAUGCAUUCAUGAUGAAUUUGGGAACGUUUGCUAUCAUGGUUCUAGUUCAUUGCAUUGCAAAGCAGACGCUUUCAACCUCGAUUGUCUGGUUAUCCUGUCUCCCUCACGCUUUGCGAACUGC